GACGCGGACUGGAGGCGGCGUAGGGGAUGCGGAGCAGCGCCCUCUCCCGCGUCCUUGGCGCCGCAACUGGUCCUCGGUGGCGCGCCGCCUCUCUCUCCGGCAGACGUGGGAAGGCUCCCCGGAGAUGCACCUGCGGGCCUCACCCUGCCACUCUCGAGUGCUCAUUUGUGUCGGUAUCUGUUGCCCAAUCCGGAACGAGAAGCCAGCGCCAGCUGAUCAUCAUAAAAGCUCUCCCAGCGACUGUGGCUUCGGAGGCCAGGGACGCCGGGCCCCCUGAUCCACGUGUGCGAAAGAUGCCCGAGGGAUCUGCCCUCUGAGCUGAGGUGGCCCAGCAUGCGGACCCUCCAUCUAGGCAGGAAAUCUGGAGGACACCCAGGUCAGAAAGUAGCCAUGCCCCCUGCUCAGGAUAUUCACAUUUCGGCUGAUGGCUUUUUCCCCUCUCCCAGGUUCUGGCUUGGCCUGCUGAUCGCGCUGGGCUCCCUCUGCCCGGCAGGCUCGCCCUGCGGCAUCUCCACGCACAUCGAGAUAGGACACAGAGCUCUGGAGUUUCUCCACCUUCAGGAUGGGAGAGUUAACUACAAAGAGCUGUUACUUAAGCACCAGGAUGCGUACCAGGCUGGAGCCGUGUUCCCUGAUGCCUUCUACCCCAGCAUCUGCGAGAGAGGGAAGUUCCACGAUGUGUCCGAGAGCACGCACUGGACCCCCUUCCUGAACGCCAGCGUCCAUUAUAUCCGAGAGAACUACCCGCUUCCCUGGGAGAAGGACACGGAGAAACUGGUGGCUUUCCUGUUCGGCGUUACCUCUCACAUGGCGGCGGACGUGAGCUGGCACAGCCUGGGCAUCCAGCAGGGGUUCCUUCGCACCAUGGGCGCCGUUGACUUUCACGGCUCCUAUUCCGAGGCGCAUUCGGCGGGCGAUUUCGGAGGAGAUGUGUUGAGCCAGUUCGAGUUCAAUUUUAAUUACCUCGCACGGCGCUGGUACGUGCCCGUUGAAGAUCUGCUGGAAAUUUACAAGCAACUCUAUGGCCGAGAAGUCAUCACCAGAAGUGCAAUCAUUGACUGUUCAUACCUUCAGUUCUUGGAAAUGUACGGAGAGAUGUUAGCUAUUUCCAAGCUUUAUCCCACGUACUCCAGAAAGUCUCCAUUUUUGGUGGAACAAUUCCAAGAGUAUUUCCUGGGGGGACUGGACGACAUGGCGUUUUGGUCCACUAAUAUCUACCGUCUGACGAGCUUCAUGCUGGAGAACGGGACCAGCGACUGCAGCCUGCCCGAGAACCCUCUGUUCAUCACAUGCGUCCAGGCAGGUGGGCCAUGCGGCGGCCAGCCAGCUAGCAGCCAGGGCAGUUCACGAGUACAGAAAAAUGAUUUCCAUAGGAAUUUGACUGCAUCCUUAAGUAAAGAUGUCAGGAAAAAUAUCAACCACACCAGCAGAGGCGUGUUCUUUAGUGUGGAUUCGUGGACCUCGGAUUCCCUCACUUUUAUGUACCAGGCUUUGGAGAGGAACAUCCGGACAAUGUUCACGGGCAGCUCCCAGCGGUCCUACAAGCAUGUGUCCAGCCCCUUGGCGUCUUACUUCCUGUCUUUUCCCUACACAAGACUCGGCUGGGCACUGACUUCGGCUGACCUCAACCAGGAUGGGUACGGGGACCUGGUGGUGGGCGCCCCCGGCUACAGCCACCCUGGCCACCCUCAGGUGGGCCGUGUGUACCUCCUCUACGGCAACGAGCUGGGCCUGCCCCCCAUCGACCUGGAUCUCGACCGGGAGGCCCACGUGACCCUGGAGGGUUUCCAGCCCUCAGGUCGGUUUGGCUCGGCCUUGGCCGUGCUGGACUUCAACAAGGACGGCGUGCCGGACCUGGCCGUGGGCGCGCCAUCGGUGGGCUCCGAGAAGCUUGCCUACACGGGUGCGGUGUACGUCUACUUCGGUUCCAGACGAGGAGGAAUGUCUUCCGGCCCUAACGUCACCAUCUCCUGCCAGGACACGUACUGUAACUUGGGCUGGACGCUCGUGGCCGCAGACCUGAACGGAGACGGCGAGCCCGAUCUGGUCAUGGGCUCCCCUUUCGCGCCGGGCGGAGGGAAACAGAAGGGCAUGGUGGCUGCGUUUUAUUCCGACCCCAGCUGGAGCCACAAAGAAGAGCUGGGCGUGGAGGCGGCCAACUGGACGGUGCGGGGCGAGGCGGACUUCUCCUGGCUCGGCUACGCGCUCCACGGGCUCCGCGUGAGCAACAGAAGCGUGCUGCUGGUGGGGAGCCCGACCUGGAGGAACACCCAAGGCCUGGCCCCCCAGUCCCGCGCUCGCGACGAGAAGCAGAGCCUCGGACGGGUGUACGGCUUUCUGCCCCCAAACUGCCAAAGCUCGUUUACCAUUUCCGGAGACAAGGCAAUGGAGAAGCUGGGGGCCUCCCUGUCCAGUGGCCACGUGCUGGUGAACGGGACCCGGAAACAGGUGCUGCUGGUGGGAGCCCCGACUCGAGACGACGUGUCCAAAAUGGCAUUCCUGACCAUGACCUUGCACCAAGGCGGAAGCGCUCGGAUGUACGAGCUGACCCCCGACACCCAGCCUUCUCUGCUCAGCACCUUCAGCGGGGACCGCCGCUUCUCUCGAUUUGGCGGAGUUCUGCACUUCAGUGACCUGGACGGUGAUGGCUUAGAUGAAGUCCUCAUGGCAGCCCCCCUGAGGAUAACCGAUGUCACCUCGGGACUGAUGGGCGGGGAAGACGGCCGCGUUUAUGUGUAUAAUGGCAAAGACAUCACCUUUGGUGACAUGACAGGCAAAUGCAAAUCGUGGACGGCUCCGUGUCCUGAAGAAAAGGCCCAAUACGUACUGGUUUCUCCUGAGGCAAGUUCAAGGUUCGGGAGCUCUGUGGUCACCGUGAGGUCUAAAGACAAGAACCAAGUGGUCGUCGCUGCUGGGAGGAGCUCUUUGGGAGCCCGACUCUCCGGGGCCCUGCACGUCUACAGCCUCGGCCUCGAGUAAAGACCUCGCCGCCUCUUCCUCCUCUGCGUCCCCUCUCUGGGCUGAGUCCUCGCCAGGGUGAGCGUUCUGGUGGACAAAGGGGCACCUCCAGGGGAGCCGAGUGGAUCCUGCUAGAAGUGGGGCUCCUGAGUGGAGACAGGCCUAGGUGGGACGACGACACCGUGGACGACGACAGACGCUCUGCUGCCUCGUGUCCCUUCCCAGGUUUCCUCCCUUGCUUCCCGUGUACGGAAACUUACUCCCAGCUUCUGGCCUGGCCUCAGCCCUGCGGUCUGACCGCUGCCCUCUCCACACAAUACCCACGUGCUGUUGAUGCCUAGAGAGGCUUCUCUGUACUUAGUUAGCUCUUAGGAAAAUCUGUCCCAGUUUCUCCUACAACGUCCUUUAAAGUUGGUGACUCAUUCCAAUCAGAGUGGAACAGAAAGCCCAGCGCACAGGGCAGAGCGGGCAGAGCAGCAGGCCGGCGAGCAGCAGCGGGUGCGGGAGAGCCUCGCUGCUGCAGUCCCCUGCUGGAAGCGAGUGGGUCCUUAGGAGAACUGCGGCGUGUCCGGGGUUCCACGCAGUAAACGACUAAUACAAAACGAAAACCUCCCGCUAGUGCCCUCACCUGCUUUUGUAGAAGCGGCUGUUCUUAACAGCUGAACCCAGUGACUCCACUGGUUCUGUGUCCUCCCAAGAGAAGCCCUCGUCGCACUGGGCUGGCACAAGCCGUGCCCAUAAAACUCGCCCCGCAGAGCUCCGGGUGGAGGCCGCCGCGCGAGAGCGAGCAGAGAGAGGCAUGUCUUGGCUUCCCCGGUUCCGGGGCUGACUGGUGACUGGUGGAGCGUACGUCGGCCAGGCCUGCAGGUGGGGACACUGGGGGGAAGGCAUCUGCCACAGGCUCUGGCUUCACUACAUACGUGAAGGCGUUCUUAGGGAUCCUGUAGCCGUCACGGAGGAACCAUUCUUCCUCCUGGCACUAACAGUAGAGAAAAGUAACUGAUGACCAGAUCCCUUUUUAACUUCCCUAGAGGCAGCGCUGAGACUGGUUCAAAGACAGGAAUCCAGCUGAGGAGUCCAAGUAGAAAUCAAGGCAACGCUGUGAGUUAACACUGAGCAUAAGGGCAGGGACGAGGGGGACCAACGGGUGUAUACCAGAGCGCACCUCGGGACGACGGCGGGGACUGUCGUCCUUCCUGCGCACAGGUGCUAGCCGCUGCGUCCCUACGAACAGCACAAGGCGCAGAGAAACCAUUUGGUUUCAUUUGGGGGACAAUGAGCGGUAGCUCAACUCGUGUGAAAUAACUAUGUUUAGUUGAAGUUUAGUUGAAGUUUACUUUUAGGGGCCAGAAUUCCUUAACUAGUUUCACUUAUACGUUGGGAAGUCUGUGAGUGCUGGCCUCUUCCUCAGAAGUCUGUUCUCUCACCGCCGAGGCUGGAGCAGGGGCUGCUGCCUCAGCUGAGGGAGGGGCCGGUGCUGACGCACGGCCGUCACCUACCCACGGACGGACACUUCUCUCAGUGUCUAAACACACCAGACCGAACCAGGUUCUCACACAGGAUCUUAUCCAGGAUACUUAACCUGCGUAAUCCUGUACUCAAAAGUGCGAAGUGGUAUUCCUACUCCUGAAGGUCAACCCGGAUGGCAGAGACGUACACGCCGGCCUGUAGAGUCUGUGCGUUAUCCCCAUGGGUGGGUCACGCUUUCACUCUAAGUAUUAACUAUAGUUCUAAACACAGACUCUGAAAUGGUUAACAACAAACAGAAAUACCUUGUAGGGUUGCAGUCUCAUUAACACAACUCUGCACUUAAUUCCAUGAUCUUUAUUUCAAAGAUAUCAAAACAUAUGUACGUAUUUGCAAUUUUUCUAUUACAAAACUUGCUUUAAGAUCAAAAUGGUUUCAUGCCUUUGAAACAGAGAAACCUAUAGGAAUUUGGAGUAAGUCUGGCAAUGAGCUCAGAUCUCUGAUACCCUGUCCACGUACUAUCCCUCAGACCACCUCCAUAGGUAUUACUAAAAUAGGGAAAGUAAAUCCUGAGAUUAAAGUGUAUUAAAUAUUAUAGCUCCAAAAAUAAAGCUAUGUACAACUCCUGGAA